GCAAUGCUUAGUCUGCAAUUCGCAUAUUUAUUUCUGAUAAAAUGAAAGAAACUAUUUAAUAUUACAUGAUUCAUAAAUAUAUGACAAAUAAUAAAUAUUCCAAAAAUUGGAUUCCAUAUAAAAAUCAUAGUAUAUCGGUUAUGUCUACCGUGAUAAAUAAACUAGCUUAAGAAAAACAAAUACUCGUAUACUGUUUACUAAUGCGGCGCGCUUUUUGCGCAUUUACGGUGCUUUUUCAAGAACAAAAGUUACCUGUGCCGGGCAUGGCUAAAUUAGUGAGUGAUUUUAAGGAAUGGAAGUUCCAGAGUCCACCAAACUAUGCGGAGUUACCGAUAGACGAAAAUCCGGAGUAUAAUGUUCCGGUAGCCGUGAAAAAUGCAGUUUUUUCCAAGGUACCAACAGAACCUCUCAAAGGCAAGCUCCAUCUUGUGUGUGCGUCCGAUGAGGCUCUUUCAGAUAUUUUUGAUUUGGACCCUAAGGUAUCAGAGUCAGAGGAUUUUAUAAACUUUGUAGCCGGAAUAUAUGCACCUGAAGGAACUAUGAGUGUUUCACAUCGAUAUGGUGGUUAUCAAUUUGGCUUUUGGGCUGAUCAGUUAGGAGAUGGAAGAGCCCAUAUUUUGGGUGAAUAUGUGAACAGUAAAGGAGAGUCUUGGCAGCCUCAACUUAAAGGCUCUGGUGAAACACCAUAUUCACGGUUCGGCGACGGACGCGCCGUCCUUCGCUCCUCUAUCAGGGAGAUGGUGGCCAGCGAGGCCUGCUACUAUCUUGGCAUACCAACCACCAGGGCAGGGGCGCUAGUUGUUUCAGAUGAUCACAAGGUGUGGAGGGACAAGACGUACAGCGGUAUGUCGCGACAGGAGCGCGCUGCGGUCGUGCUGCGCGUCGCACCGGCGUGGUAUCGGAUUGGUUCCUUCGAGAUAUUGCAAAAACGGAACGAACCCAAAUUGGCGAAGACAUUGGCCGAUUUCAUUAUUAAGCAUCAUUUCCCUAACAUUGAUUUAAACAAUGAAGACAGAUACGUCGAGUUGUACUCUGAAGUAGCUCACAGAAACUUGGACAUGGUUGCUACAUGGCAAGGUAUAGGCUUCGUUCACGGUGUACUAAACACAGAUAACAUAAGCCUACUCGGACUGACCAUAGACUACGGGCCGUAUGGUUUCAUAGACCACUACUACAAGCACUACGUCCCCAACUCGUCGGAUGACAUGGGGCGCUACGCGUUUAACAGACAGCCGGAGAUAAUACUUUGGAACCUGGAGAAGUUCGCCGUAGCGUUGGAACCGAUAUUGACAGACAGUAACAAAGAGAAGAUUAAGGAUGUUUUCAAAACUCUCGAUGGAUACCUCAAGGAUAGGAUCUUAAAAACCUACCUAGCGAAAUUCGGCUUAGAAACAAUUCAAGAUGGCGACGUGUCGCUCGUGAAUGAGUUCCUGCAACUGAUGCAGGAGACGAGCGCCGACUUCACUUGCACAUUCCGACAAUUAGCCGAGAUAGAUAAAGAGGUGUUACUCAAUAAGGAUAUUUUAGGCAAGAAAUGGUCGUUAGCUAAAAUAAGCAAAGCUGGAGGGUGGCAGAAAUGGGUGGAGACAUAUAGAGCAAGAUUGCUGAAGGAAAAUGUUGGGAAUGAAGAACGACGAACGCGGAUGCUGAAAGUGAAUCCCCUCUACGUUCCCAGGAACUGGAUACUGCAGGAGGCCAUCGCUGAUGCUGAGAAAAAUGAUUUCUACAAGGUGAGAUUGCUGUUGAAAAUAUUCAGAAAACCGUAUGAAAUAAACGAAGAGGCGGAAAAAUUAGGAUACUCUGCCCAACCACCGAGCUGGUCUUUUGGUUUAAAACUAAGCUGUUCCAGUUGAAGAAUCAUUGUAUAACAGCAUCUUGUAAAUAAUUUAUAAUAUUUAAAUAAACAAAUUACGUAAACAAUAGGAUUGUAAGUGUGAAUAUGGUGUAGUCCUUCAAGGUCAGCGAAAAAGAUAUGUAAAAAAAUAC